AUGUCCACGCCACUCGCAACACAGACUAUCGAACAAUUAAAGCCAUUCCCACUUCAAGAACAUUUGCGAGUACUUCCUCAAUCAGUACUUGAGGAGUUCAGUCAACUGUAUGAUCUAGUGGAAGGAUAUGUCAAGUCUCUUUCCACGUACAAAGAUCACGAAGUAGAAGUGGUGAAAGAAUUAAAUGCACAAAUUGAAAAGUUGAAUGUGUGUUCCGAGUUACUCGAAAAUUAUAAUAGAGUUGGCGAUAAGAUCCAACAACAAGUAAGAGAGUUGAAUGGUAUAUUCGAAGAAUGGACAACUUUAGAAACUAUACAAUAUCAAUUACUAUCAGCUAAUUUCAACCAAGACGCCUUGAAACUGAAGUUUAAGCGCAUGCUCGCAGAAAGUGAGCUGGCACUGACAGAGAGUAUCAAGAAGUUCAAGACAUCAGAACAAUCCGAGACGGAUUUUACCGAGUUGGUGAGUCGGUUUAGAGCCGAAAGAAAAUUGUAUCACAUUAGAAAGGAGAAAUUUAACAGAUGGAAUGAAGAACGGGUUAGUGGGUUUGUGUGA